AAUUUAUUCAGACAAUAGACAUAAUGCACAAUUUUAGCGCACGUGAAAAGUAUUUGAUUUCAAACACAUUAAACUGUUUGCCCGUAAUACUGCAAGGACGUGCCGUGCUCAUAGAUCUACGAAAUGAGACAUCCGUGGCAGGGAUUAUAAGUAUCGCUGACGGCCAUAUGACAUGCGAGCUGACAGACGCCGUUUUUAUUGAUCGUAAUGGUCAGUACCAUGCGUUCGACCACUUCAUGAUACGCAAUCGUAUGAUUCGUCUGAUGCAUAUACCGCCGGAUCUGGACGUUGGACAUGAGCUAGCGCAGCUGCACCGCAAACCCGCAAGAAGGACCAAGACAAAUGCCAAGCGCACCUUCAAGCAAAAGCGCGCAGAAGAGCGACACAAGGAAACUUUGGAGAGUAUCAAAACUCAAAGAAAGAGUGAGCAACCGAAGGAAGAUCUGCCCAAGCUUGGCAAAAAUUACGAACAAAUAAACCAUUAAGCCAAAACAAACACA